AUGGAUUGCACUUCAGAUCAAAAGGUUCGUUAUGGGACUCACAUGCUGGCAGCCGAGGUUGACGACUGGUGGCUAGAGACUCGUCAGAGGUUGGAGACUACUGGUGAGGAGGUUACUUGGGUUGUGUUCCGUAGGGAGUUCCUGAGGAAGUAUUUUCCUGAGGAUGUUCGUGGCAGGAAAGAAAUCGAGUUCCUUGAGCUGAAACAAGGAAGUAUGUCAGUUAUUGCUUAUGCUGCAAAGUUUGGUGAGCUGGCUAAAUUUUACCAGCAUUAUGAUGGACCAACUGGUAAGUUUUUGAAGUGCAUCAAGUUUGAAAAUGGGCUGCGCCCAGAAAUCAAGAAGGCUAUUAGUUACCAGAAGAUUCGUGUCUUUGUUGAUUUGGUUUAUAGCUGUCUAAUCUAUGAGGAGGACAACAAUGCUCAUUAUAAAGUUAUUAGUGAGAAGCGAGGUAAGAACCACCAUAACCGUGGCAAGCCUUAUGAUGCUCCAGCUGGCAAGGGUAAACAGAAAGCUGCACAGGGUCAGAGGACUAGUGGGGAUGAUGCUCCUGCUGGUAUAGUAUGUUUCAAAUGUGGGAAACCUGGUCACAAAAGCAAUAUGUGUAAUGCUGAGGCGCAGAGGUGUUUCCGUUGUGGGAAGACUAGACAUAUGGCUCCUAGUUGCAAGCAUAAGGAAGUUAUCUGUAUCAUUUGCGGUUAA